AUGCUUUUACAUCUGGACGAAAUAAAUUGGCCCUAUACUGGUGUUUCUAUUCUUAGUUGGUUCACAGGUUAUGGGCCCCGCUCCCUACGCUUAAACUCGACGAUCAACCUCAGCAUUUUAUUUUUGCCUACACACCAUGUCUACUGCCACGACUUCUCUCUCCGACACCCUUCCAUCCUCUAUGCCGUCGAGGCUAAAUUCUGGGGUCACUUCAUUGGUACCGACCCUUGCCCUGUUCCUGCAGCCACUCCUACCCCUGCCCCUACCCCCGUUACUGUUACUGCCAGUGCCGUGACUGCAGCUGUUGUGGGCGCUGUCCCUCCAACCAUUGGUGCGACGGCGACCCCUACCACGGCUGAGAUAGCUGCUAUGGAGAAGUGGGACAAGGAUGAGCGUGCGGCGAAGUCUUUACUCACCCAGAGGAUUCCCGAUUUGACGUUGAUGCGUAUCCACUCGAAGAAGACCAUCUUCAAGAGGUGGUCCACCAUCGUCAGCGAGUACACGGAGAAGGGCGCUUAUGCACAAACCGAGAUGCGUACGAAGUUCUUGGGGUCGAAGUGCCCUGACAAGGGCAAUGUGCGUGAGUUCCUGGAUUCCUUGGCCACCAAGAGGGAACAGCUUGCUUCAGUUGGUGUCAACAUCGAUGAGAAAGACUAUCACUCGACCAUCCUGCAGUCCCUUCCUAUCCCACUCUCAAACUUUGCAUCGGCGCAGCUUGCUGCUGCCCGAAUGUUCUCCCCAACCAGUACCAUUGCUCCUGACACCCUCAUUCGGCUUAUUGGCGAGGAGUAUGACCACCAGAAGUCCCAACGUUCUGGGCACUUGGGAAAGGCGAGGGAGGACGACCGCGACGAGGUGAUGGCAGUCUCAUUGAACACUUUGAACAACACAGGUGGUGGACAGGCUGUGAAUGGUGGAGGUGGCUCAAGCAGGGGGUGCUGGAAGUGUGGCGACCUUGGUCACUGCAAGAGUCAGUGCCUGAAAAUGAGGAAGAUUGUCGACAAUUUGACUCAGAAGGCAGCUUCUUCAAAGGCGGGUGGGUCUGCGAAUGUGGUUGAGGUUGAGGAGGGGGACAGUGACGGUGUUUUCGCGGUCAUGGUCGAGUCUGAUGAUGAAACGUCAGUGCAUGGUUCAAUGCCAGGGCUCCAGUCAAAUACCAACGCGGUGAUGGGGAGCAACGAUUAUUCCGACGCCGACAGUGACUCCCUCCCGGUGCCUCACCAGUCUGAUGCGCUGAUGGACAGUGACUGGUUCUCAGAUGUCGGAAGUGACGCUGGAGACUAUGACGACCCAUUCUGGAGCUCUGAGGAUGGAUCCGACGAGGAGGAGGAGAGGUUGAUGGCCGAGUUCUACGCCAUCAUCAACACCGUCAAGGAGAAAUUUGACGUCGAGAAUGCCUUCCUCGAAACCCCUCGCGUCGAGAUCUACGACUCGGGCUCAACUCGCCACAUCUCCCCUUACCGCGAGGACUUUGUCAACCUCACGGAAAUCCCACCGCAAACACUUCGCGCUGCCAACAAAAACAACUUCAGUGCUACUGGGGUUGGCGAGCUCAUCAUUGACGUACCUAGCGGUGUCAACAUGAAGCAGCUCCACCUCACAGAGGUGCUCUACUCUCCCGAAGUUGGCUAUACACUUGUCUCCAUUGGGCGGCUUGAUGAGAAGGGGUUCUCCACAACGUUUGCACAUGGGAAGUGUGUUAUUCGAGGACCAAAGGGUGAAGAGGUUGGCGAGGUGGCAAAGAAUGCGAAGGGCUUGUACCGCGUUGAGCACGACGACGACACGGUCAAUUCAGUGAUCGAGACGAUCACUUUGGACCAGUUCCACCGUCACAUGGGCCACAUAUUGCCUGAGGUUGCUCGUCGACUUGUAUCCAACAAGUUUGUGACAGGUGUUUGUCUCACAACAAUGUCGACGUCUGGUGAUCCUUUCUUCUGUGAAUCGUGCGUUUAUGCCAAGGCGACGAGGAAGUCGGUGCCGAAAGAGAGAGCUGGGGAGAGGGCGAGCGAGUUUGGUGGUGAGGUUCAUUCGGAUCUCUGGGGACCAGCGCCUGUUUCUACAUGGGGCGGUCGGCGCUACUAUGUCACCUUCAUUGACGACAAGACGCGACUCACUCACCUCUACCUCAUGCGCAAUAAGUCUGACACUUUUGCCAAGUACAGGGAGUACGAGGUGUGGUGUGAUGCACAGCUAGGUGCUCGAGUCAAGGUUUUGCACUCGGAUCGAGGGGGAGAGUACACCGGGAAGGAGUUCGUUGUCCAUCUCAAGGCUCGCGGCACGGCGAGGAAGCAAACCGUCCAUGAUACCCCUGCCCAAAAUGGUGUUGCGGAACGUCGUAAUCGCAUCAUCAUGGAGUGCGUUCGAGCGCUAUUGCACAGUUCUGGUCUGCCAAAGUUUCUUUGGGGCGAGGCUGCUCGCCACAUCGUUUGGUUGUUAAAUCGGACGUCGACGAAGGCGGUGGAUGGCAAAACCCCCUACGAGGCAGCUUUUGGGAAGAAGCCUGACCUCCGCGAGGUACGUGAGUGGGGCGAGAAGGUGUGGGUGCGCAUCGAGGGAGGGAACAAGUUGGGUGGGCGGGUGCGAGAGGGGCGUUGGAUGGGUUUGGAUGAGAAGUCAAAGGGUGUGAGGGUUUAUUGGCCUGACAAGAGGACUGUGACGGUGGAGCGAAAUGUCUAUUUUGACAAGACAGCCUCAUCAGUCAGCCGUCUCGAGGGGGAGGACUGGGAAUUCAUCGAAACGACGCCUGAUUCAAUGCCGGAUGGACUUACCAGCACCCCAUCUGUCAAUACACAAGCUUCUACAUCCGCACCAACUCCUCUCGAGACACCUGCAACCACUAUCCCUGCUCCCACAGACCCCACGGACUCAAACACGUCAAAUUCUAGCGACCACGAGACGCCCUUGGAGCCUGAAACUCGGUCGAAACGCACUCGGAAGCCUACACAACAUCUCCGUGACAUCCUUGAGGGACACGCCGUCUUGUCCAAUCGUCCUGGGGCACCAAAGGUUACACCCGGGGUGCAGCUCCCUUCGGAGAUCCUCUACGCUCUUUAUAGCAAGGCUGGUUUUGAGGGGGAGAACGAGGAUGGGUGGGUGAUGGUGGCAGACUUCAUUGAUGAGUAUGCAAUGGCGGCAGAAAUCAGUGAGAAAGAGGCUUUAGAGCCCCAUUCUCUCGCCGAGGCAAGGACUCGACCUGAUUGGCCGUUGUGGGAGAAGGCGAUCCUGGAAGAACUCGCUGUUUUGAAAGCUGCGGGUACAUGGGAACUUGUCGACGCACCUCCUGGAGCCAAUAUCAUUGGUUCAAGGUGGGUUUUUCGGGCAAAGAAGGAUGCUGCUGGCAACGUGGUGCGCUACAAGGCUCGUCUCAUCGCGCAAGGUUUCUCCCAAGUCCCGGGGAUCGAUUACUUCGACACGUUCGCACUGGUCGCACGCCUUGCUUCUAUUCGGGCCGUUCUCGUGAUGGCGGCUGUCCAUGACUACGAAAUCCAUCAAGUUGAUGUCAAAGGUGCUUACCUAAAUGGCAUUCUCACCGCCGACGAGGUUAUUUUUAUGCGCCAACCCCCCGGAUAUAGGAUUUCUGACAGCGCGGGAAAGAGGUUGGUGGAGAUCAUGGUGCUGCUUGGUUUUGAGCAGUGUGCGGUCGACCAGGCAGUUUUCUUUAAGCGCCGCGGCAAGGCGCUUGUGAUCGUGCUUGUGCAUGUCGACGACUGCACAAUUGUGGCCACUGCACUGCCACUGAUCGAAGCCUUUAAGGCUGAGGUCGCCAAGCACGUUGAAAUCACCGAUUUGGGCGAACUCCACUGGAUCCUCGGCAUUGAGGUUCAGCGCAAUCGCGAAUGCCGUAUUAUUUUCCUUUCCCAACGCUCGUACAUCGACUCGAUCCCGUCUCCCUCUACCACUGUCGAGAUCGCGAAGAUGGCAAAUAUCCCAUACCACAAGGCCGUUGGUUCUCUCAUGUACGCCUCACUUGGUACAUGCCUGGACAUCACCUUCGCUGUCCAAACCGUCUCGCGAUAUGCCUCAAAGCCUGGUCCCGAGCACUGGGAGGCCGUCAAGCGGAUUUUUUGCUACCUGAGUGGUACGAAGGAGUUGUGGUUGAGUUUUGGUGGGGACACGAAGGGGCUGGUUGGAUUUGCGGAUGCGGAUGGGAGUAUGGCAGAGGAAUGUCACGCGAUCUCGGGGUAUGCCUUUUUGCUUCACGGCGGUGCUGUUUCGUGGAGUGCUAAGUGCCAGGAGAUCAUCUCACUGUCCACCACGGAAUCUGAGUAUGUCGCAGCGAUGCAGGCCAUGAAGGAGGCUCUCUGGCUCCGCUCCUUGGUCUCGGAGCUUUUUGCCAUCGACCUCGACACGACCACUUUAUUUUUGGACAACCAAUCGGCCAUCGCGCUCACAAAAGACCAUCAGUAUCACGCCCGCACUAAACACAUCGACAUUCGGUUUCAUUUCAUUCGCUGGAUCGUCGAAAAGGGGUCCAUUCGACUCGUCUACUGUCCUACUGGCAAAAUGGUUGCGGAUACUCUCACCAAGGCCCUCCCUUCUGCAAAGGUGAAGCAUUUCGCUUCGGAGCUCGGACUCGUGCUCAUUUGA